AGAGCCUCAGUGUCUUAAAACCAAAACCAAAGUUAUCUCUCUGACCAGUGACAGAAAACAGAAACAAUUCAAUGAACCACUCUUAAUUCAAGGUGAAUACAUGUAGCUGAAUGUGCAAGCGAGUCACUCUUGUUUUGUUUUCAUUUCUGAUUGGAUGACAAAGUUGCACAUGUCUUUUUCUAACUCAAUCAUGUAGUGUAGUAAUGCACAACCAAUUACUUUUCGACACUCAAGCAAAAUCUGCUGUGCUAUUCACCUUGGCUGUUUGCGACUUUAAUUUUUUUAUUUUUGCUGGAAAAUGGCUUUUUUUUCUGAUGAGAAAGUGAACAGUCACAAAAGAUGGAUUUUUUUGUGUGGCAAGAUAACCAGUUUCGUGGAAGUUGUUACUGGUAGUAGUAGCUGUGUUGUUAUGGGCGCAGUUUGAACAACAUUAAGAAAGGUGAGUGUGUGGUUCAGUUUAUUGUAAUAUAUUUUACAUUUAGAUUGAAUGCCUCUCUUGAAUAUUGUUGUAAACCAAGCAUUGGUGAAUUUUUCUAACUCUUGAUUUGUUGACUCUUGUCAUACUUUAUCACCUGUAGCCAUAAUUAACAAAGUUGUCAGAAUCUAUUACCUAUCGGCAGUAUUCCCUGUUGUUUAGUGUAGCGUAGACGUUUAUAGUACAGUGAAAACUCGCUAUCUCUAUCUCUAAGCAGGGCUUGGAAAAAAGUGCCAUCGAGUCAUCCAGGACAAGUAGAUUUUCCUGCCGGGCAAGUGACUUUUCAUUCUCACUUGCCCAGUGUGCAAGGCCCAGGCAAAUCGUCUUACAACUUAAUAAAAAAAGUAAACUAAGACUUGCCAGUGGCAAGCAAACUUUGAGAGCUGCUUGUCUGAAGGGCAAGUUAGAAUCAAAGUGUUUUUUAGCCCUGUUUAAGAGAAGGAAAAAUAAUUUGAAAUGUGGGGGGAGGGGGUCAAGAUAGCCAACAGUAAGUGAGUGGAAAAUUACAUUUAAAGGAAAAUGAUUCGCGUUUGAGAUAGCAGAGAGUUGGAGACAACCUGUUUUGAGAUGGUGAGGUUUUACUGUAAUAUUAUGCUGUUGCAGCCAGGAGUUUUUUAAGUGUGUUAUGGUGUGGUGGAAGCAAUUUGCAUUCGGAACUGAUUGUCCUCUGAAAGCUUUGGACUAACUUAAGUCUUAACACAGCACAUGCAACAGAAAUUGGUAUACAUGUGUUGAUUUUUUCAGAGAAGUACUUACUUUAUAUGAAAUUUUGAAUGGAAACUCUUCAAAAUUACUUGCUGAGAAUUUUUCUGCCAUUGUUUUCACAGAACUGUUCAGGCUAGUGGAAUGUAUUGGAUCAAUGCUAUAUGCAGUAAAACCACAAUCACUCCGAAAACCACAAGAGAGCCUGUUUAGAUCCAUUUUAUAGAUCAGUUUAGUUCUUCAGGGGAAGGAGUCGCAGUUGAUAAUGGUUCAGUUUUUAUCCUAACUGACACUUUGUAAGAAUGUUGAAAGCAAGCUGUAAAAUAUGCCUACAUAAGCUGCAACAUUAAGGGAAUUUCUUACAGUUUUUAGAGUGCACAAUUCCGAAGAAAACAACAGCAAUAAGUGAAAACAUCUCAUUAGUUCGUGAAAUUUGAAAAGCAUUUAAAAACUUUUGAGAAUUUUAUCGUCCUUUGGAAGGAUUAUUUCACUCAUUACACAAAGAUCGAGAAAAAGGCCAGCUUUAAAAAGUCCUGAACUUUGUGCACAUUAACAUGUACAUACUCUUUAUAUGUCGGUGGUGUUCUUCUAUUUGUAAGCUUGGCAGAAAUCACAGAAUUAGACCAUAAACUCAAAGAAAAUCUCUUGCUUUUCACAGAAAUUAAUUUUGUUUAAUACAAAGAACACAUUGCAUUAUAUGAACUUUUUUAUUAGUCUAUCACCAGCAAUUAACUAAUCUAGCAUGUUUGAUUGAAACUCUUUGCUGAAAUGGAUGUAGAAGAUUUUUGUAUUUGCCAAAAAUAAAAUUACAAUUCACUGAAGUAGUCCAGUGUUAUUUUAAACAAUUUUCCUUGCUUAACAUCUUGUUUGUAGCAAGUAACAGUGGAAAAACUGAACCAUGUACUGGAACUUGUUGUUUUCUUUUUUUGAGUGUUUUCAAGAAAUUUUAAUUUUCUUUGUUUUCUUUCCAUGCUGCUUGUUUAGUUUCUUAAUUCCAGUUCAGUCCUUAGACAUAAACAUGAAUUUUCAUUCCACCCUACAGAUUCAAUAUCCAACAUGACAGCCCUAAGGAAAAAGCUGGUCAUUGUAGGUGAUGGUGCCUGUGGAAAAACUUGCCUUCUCAUCGUGUUCUCCAAAGAUCAGUUUCCUGAAGUCUAUGUGCCCACAGUUUUUGAGAAUUACGUGGCCGACAUUGAAGUCGAUGACAAGACGGUAGAGCUAGCAUUAUGGGAUACAGCAGGACAAGAAGAUUAUGACAGGCUACGACCUCUCUCCUAUCCUGACACUGAUGUUAUUCUGAUGUGCUUCUCCAUUGAUAGUCCUGACAGUUUAGAGAACAUCCCUGAAAAAUGGACUCCUGAAGUCAGGCAUUUCUGCCCUAGUGUACCAAUCAUUUUGGUUGGUAACAAGAAAGAUCUGAGAAAUGAUGAAAAUGUAAAGAGAGAGUUAGCAAAGAUGAAACAAGAGCCUGUUAAAUAUGAGGAGGGAACUUUAAUGUGUGAAAAGAUCGAUGGUGCUGCUUAUUUGGAAUGCUCUGCAAAGACAAAGGAGGGAGUGCGAGAGGUAUUUAUAAAAGCUACAAGAGCAGCUCUUCAUAAAAAGAAGGCCAGAAAGAAGGGAAAAUGUCAUAUACUGUAAAAUAUUUGAACUUGUUCCACAAUGUACUUUGCUCUAAUAAGAGAUACCUACUGACUAAUGUGAAAAUAAAACCACCCAUUGUUUUCAGCUUGCGGGUGAAUCAGUCUGUUAUGACAGAGAAUUUCUUUCUUAAAAAAAAA